CUGCUCACCCAUUGGUUCUCUCCCCCAUCAGUCAACUCACUUCCGACAGUUUCUGUGCUCGGAUGUGAUGUAGCAACUGUUCAGACGUAUCGGAAGUUAAAACAUUGUUCACAGAAACCCUUGCAAACCGUCACUCCCACUAUUAAGAUAUAACACUUGCUACAGUUUGCCCUGUUUCACCAAAUGGCUUAUCCGGGAUACGGUGGGCCUCAGUACGGCGGUCCGAUGCCGGGAAUGCCAGCUCAGGGGAUGCCAGGAAUGCCAGGAGGGCCCAUGGGAGGCCCCAUGCCCGGGCACAUGGGUGGGCACAUGGGUGGGCAGAUGGGAGGGCAGAUGGGAGGCGCACCCCAUCAGGGAGGAUAUGCCCCCUAUGGAGGAGGAUAUCAAGGCUCGUACGGCGCCCCAGCCCCAGCUGCUAAUGACCCGAUGUGGGGUUACUUUACCGCCAUAGCAGGCCAGGAUGGAGAGGUGGAUGCAGAGGAGCUGCAGCGGUGUCUCACCCAGAGCGGAUUCACCGGAUCGUACUCUCCAUUCAGCCUGGAGACUUGCAGAAUCAUGAUUGCAAUGCUGGAUAGGGACUUCACGGGGAAGAUGGGCUUCAACGAGUUCAAGGACCUGUUCACGGCUCUGAACGGCUGGAAGCAGAACUUCAUGAUGUUCGACCGGGACAGGAGCGGCACUGUGGAGCCGCUCGAGAUGACGCAGGCCAUCAGCGCUAUGGGGUACCGCGUCAGUCCUCAGGCUCUGAAUGCGAUCAUCAAGCGCUACAACAAAGGAGGGAGGAUCUACUUCGACGACUACGUGGCCUGCUGCGUCAGACUGCGCGCUCUCACAGAGAACUUCAAACGGAGAGACACCAUGCAGCAGGGAUCUGUCACCUUCCAGUACGAUGACUUCAUCCUGUGCACGAUGGCCAUCUAAUGAUGUCUGCGUACACCACGAGGUCAGCGCCUCACCAACCAAUCAGUGGAGGAGUCCGGACCACUGCCUCAUGGGAAUGCAAAGGGAGGCCAGUAUAUUUGACUGAGCUGCAACAGGAAAGUACUCAUCGCUUGUAACGCUUGCUGUUUAGCCUUGUAAGUCACACAGGACGUGUUGCAUAUAUAUGUAAACACAGUAUGUAUCCACAUUAGAGGGAACGUAAUAGUGUCUUUAAAUCCUCUGUAGGAUUUCUAACCUUCAAAAUAAAAGCGGCAUUGCAACACAUUAAGAAAUAAAAGGUUUGGGUCUCAUGUUGGGUGAAGUGUCCACCUGUGAGACACCUAGUGUGCCAUUAUAAUCUGAAUGUCUGCUGUAAAAUAUUAAGUAUAGACCCUUGUUAGUAACGGCAGCAUCAAAUUAAUAUUUAAAUAUUAGCAGCAUUUACAGAACACAUUUGUUACACUGAACUUUAUACGGAUAGGAUUUUUUUACUGCUGUCUCGCCAUAUUUCUGUUUUUAUAACUUGAGAUUAGCUUGAUGUUAAACUUGAUAACGAGCCAAAGUGACUGUGAUACUGUUAUAUUGUCAUACAGCUACAUUUUGUUGAUGCACCUGAGCUGCACCCAGCCGGCUUUACUUUGUAAAAAUGACCUCUGCACACUCCCAAUGUCGUAGUACAGAUCAUAUUUUGUUACUCAUAAUAAACCCUUUCUAAUCA